UUGUCAUUUGCAGGACAAGAUACAUAACGUUAUGAGUUUUAUUUCCUUACUACUUGGCGCUAGGCCCAAUACAUUUUCAAGUAUCACGUCGUAUAGUGUAGUCUUGACAAGACAAAACGUCAUAAAUCAUAAAAGUGAACGUUGAACGUAGGCUUAGCUCAACUUAGUCUAUAAUAAAAACAUUGUUUAUUGUAUUUAUUAUUGAUUUAAUUUUUUUUUUUAAAGUGUUGUCUAGUAGGCUAGGACUAGACUAGGGGCUACUAAGUUUAGUAAGUUAGCAUAACUACAAGUAGACAGAGGUCCUGCUUUGGCUUUGGAGCUUGAGCCACAAGUUUAGUCUAUGCCCUAUGCUGCACUCUGCAAAUUCUCAAUCAGUCAUAUUCAUAUAGACAGACAUAGAAUCAGAUUCAAUUAAUUUUAUCAACAAUCAUUCACAAUGGGAGGAACCCAGAGUGUCUUCACGGAGGAUGAACUUGAUGAUUACCAAGUAGGUGCAAACUGUACUGUAAAUAAUUAUAGGCCUAAACAUUCAAAUUGAAAUAUGGCCUAGCCCAAAUAUCAUUAAUUAAUUAAUAUGAUUAUGAUUCUAAGUCUAGUUAUUCUUAAGACUUAGAAUACUUAGAUUACUUAGAAUUUUUACAAAACUACUCAUUUAAAAAAAAUAAUAAUAAUUUAAUAACACAACUACAUAUUUUUAAUAUGAUUUGAUGCUUUUACUUUUAUUUAUGGGUAUUGAUUUGUAGAGUGGUAUAAAUAGCCCUUAAUAAAGUUAAUACAGAGGUACCUUGACAUACCAGAUUUUUGUGAAACGAGCUGUAGAGCGAGCGAUGUCUUGCUUUAAAAUACAAGAAAAAUUUGAGAUACUAGGAACUGGGUCGGCCGGCUGCACACGAACACACCAGUCGUGCCUUGUGUGUUUCACAUUGUCAGUGUGUUUUUUUGCCUUGCUGUCGAAACAUCUUUGAUAAGUUGUGCUUGCGAAUUGUGCUUUUUGUGCAUUUACAGUACUUUAUCACAUUCCUUUUUAUAACCAUGGGUCCGAAGAAAGUGAAUGGAAAGGUCAGUGCUCAGAAGAAGAUGAUGUCUAUUGAAUUAAAGCGUGAAAUCAUAAAAAAAACAUGAGCAAGGUGUGCGAGUGACUGACUUGGCGAGGCAGUACAGCGUAGUACUUCAACAAUAUGUGCUGUGCUUAAUCAGAAGGAGUCGAUAAAGGGUAUAAUGCCAGUUAAGGGCGUUACAAUAAUUUCUAAGUUCCGGACCUCUCUCCAUGAAAAGAUGGAGAAACUCCUGAUGGUGUGGGUGACGGAGAAGCAGCUUGAAGGAGAUACCUUAACGCAGGGCACUUUAUAAAACCAGUUUAAUAUUUUACAUUCUCUUUUAUUAUGUUUUUAUACAAUAUUGUUCAUUUAAAAAUACAUUUUUCUUAUUCAAAAACACGUAACAAAAAAACUGGGGUGACAUUUGGGGGGCUGGAAUGGAUUAAUGGCAUUUCAAUUAAUUUCAAUGGGGAAAAUUGUUUUGAGAUACGAGCAAAUUGACUUACGAGCAAGGUUACGGAACAAAUUAAAUUCGUAUCUCGAGGUAUCACUGUAUAUUAGCCUAAAAUCAUUAUUAUAAUAAAUAUAUAUUUAUAAUUAUAUUAGUUAUAAAUAGAGAGCCUAUAACUAUAGGCCUAGAGUAGUAUAAGCCUAGCCCCACCCCAACUUAUUUGUAGGACCUAUUAAUAUAUUGAAUAUUUUAAUGAAUAUUUUGAUCCUUCAGGCAUAAACUAAACAGCUGAAAAUAUAAAAAUAUUCACUUACCUUUGCCGCCUUUGGAAUUGAAAUGUCCUAUAUUUAAUCACAUAUAACAAUUUUCCUCAAGAGAAUUAUUAUAUAACUAGUUAUAGCUUGCCAAACAUUUGUGACAGCAAUGUGUGAACUUCCCAUCUACUAAAGUUACUUGACAAAACAUGAACUCAAGUAAACUGAUUUUAAGAAUCCCAAUUGCCACACCCCUUCUAUCCAUGAUACGUCACGGCACACUUUUUGUUUCACCCCAUUAACUAUAUUAAUAUUUUGAUGUCCCAACCACUUUUGAACAGAAUAUUUCUUACAUCAUAGUUAAAUUGAGACGAUUUCAUUUACCGAAAAGAAAAUAUUACUUACCAAACACAGUUAUGCUAUUUUAAAAAAAUAUUGAGCGCAGUUAUCAGGAAUUAUAUUUUGUGCACUGUCUGGAAAUGGAAGCAGUCACACCACAAGCAAUAUUCUCAAAGAACAAUAAUCCAAGAAUUACUUAAGUUAUUACUAAAGAAAAAUUAAAAUAACUUGAUCUUACCUGAAGCCAUUUACUUAAAUAAAUGAUAUCAUACGAAUGUUUUGUCAUAUUUAUGUAGGACUUUACAUAGAUAUUCAUAUACAUAAAAUGGAAAAUAAAAAGUGUAAUCGUCAUUUUUAACUAAAUAAAUCAAUUAAUCCCUGCGUUAUUUGCUAAUACUUCUAAUUGUUAAACAGUUCCACAGAAAAGUUAAAGUUAAUAUCUAAAUAAUAAUAUUAUUAUUAUUAUUAUUAUUAUUAUUGGGAAAUUUAAAAUAUAUAUAUUUUAAAAAAUUAAUUACUGAAAUAAAAAUAAGUGUCUAGGAAUCAUACUUUAUACAUUUUUUUUUUUAUAAGGAAAAGUAUAAAGAUUAAAAAUAAGUUUUGGGAAAUAUUUACAAUAACCAAAUUAUAAUAUGUGGCUUUAUUUAGUAAAACUCGUAUCAAACUGUAUUCUCGGUUUUAUUAUUAUAUUUUUAAACUUAGACAGAAAUUUUUAAUAUUUUCAGAAUGCCAUAUACCUCAUUUUUCAGAUACCUCAUUUUAAAUGGCUAACUAUAAGCUAUAAGUUAUGCAAAAACACCAAGUUCAUCUUUCUAUCAUGUUUAUUGUAGUUUAAUCAAAUAUAUAAUUCAGUUAAAUUUUAAACCCAUUCACAUAUUUCUAAAAGGUAAAUAGAAGUUUUAAAAAAAAAUUGAAUGCAUACUAUAAUUACUAAAAACAAAAAACAACUCUAAAAUAAGUAAAUUUCUGUUUAUGAAAAUUCAUUUCUUUUAUUAAAUAUUUUAUUAGAAAUAUUAAAUAAUUACCUAUAUUAACUAAAUUAUAAUACUAAUAAUAGCACUAGACUCAAGAGUUUAAAGACACACAGUAAGUUGGCUAAGCAUCAAAAUAUUACAUCAUUAAACAAUUAAUUUAAAUUUAUAAUUAAACACCUUUUUAAUAUAUAUGUGGCAAUGUGCCACUUUUUGUAGCUGCAUUUAUGUAACACUAGCCGAUAUAGCCGACGUGGCCCGGGAUUGCAUUAGGACCCCAAUUUCGGUGCAGUCCCAUUUCCUGGUGUGAUCCUGAUGGGUUUUGUUCCUCUAUGGGAUCAUGCUCAGUGCGAUUUUGUUAUAAAAAGCUUUUAGAUCCCAUUAUAUAUCCUUGUAGAGCAAUAUGGAACCUUCUGGAACAUUCUAGAUUAAAUUUAAUAUCUUCCGCGAAAUGUGUAAAAAAUGAAUAUUCUAGGUAAAUAUUUUUCUAAUAUGAAAUAUACAACUAAAUGCAAUACUACAACUAGAGUACAUCUUAAUUGAAAGAGUGGAACCUGCCCAAUCCAUAACUCCACCAACUAGGUUCAUCAGCAGCUUCCUGCAAACGAAAUGCCUACCUUGCACUCGUCCGUCCACUACUGGAAUAUGGUGCGAUACUCUUGGACCCACACCUUAAGCAAGACGUGGACAAGAUGGAGCGAAUUCAACGUAACACGUUGCGUUUUAUCGCUCGAGACUACGAAUCCACCACUUCUGGCCUCUUAACAAUAUUUGACAUCCCCCCCCCCCCCCAAAGACAGACAAAAAGGACCCCCCCUGAUAUUCUUAUAUAAAGUGAUCAUGGGACUGGUGCCGGCCAUCCCAGCAGACACGUAUCUCACCCCACAGAAGCCGGGUAGACUGAUCAGAGCAAAACGCUCACUGAACACUGACUUCACCACUAACAAUCCCAUAAACAAUUACACCUGAAACAAAAGCAAAUGCUUUAAAGUGCCUCAGUGCAACACAGUGCAGUAUAAACAAUCUUUCUUCCCACACACAGUAAUAGCAUGGAACCACCUGGACAAUGCCACUGUGAACUCGACAUCGGUCGAAAGCUUCAAGGCUGCCCUGGCAUCAGCUAGGAGCUGUUAGAAUAGCAACAUCAUACCCCCAACAGUUGCACAGAUGCCAGUACAUGGAUGCAGCAGUGAACACAACCAGAACCAUAACUGUACUGAUUUAGUUAUGCCUGAGAUAGGGGCCCUAUAAAAAUCAGACAGAUAAAUAAUAAAGUUAAAAUUUAAAAUUUCUUUGAUUAAAAUCGGUUAAAUAAUGCCAUAGAUAAAGCUUUUUAAAAUGAUCGAACUUUCUGGAAAAUUCUAGAUUGGAUAUUAUUGGUUUUAAAUCCACCAAUAUUUAAAUAUGGACUAAGAAGCGUAAUGAACAAAGUUAGGCUAGAUCCACAAAUUCACAUAGAACCUACACUGUUGUCUAACCCUAUUGAUAUUCAUAUAGCUUAUAUAAGGAAAAAUGAACUGGGGCCAGAGAAAUGGAUAUUAUGAUGGUAUUUGAAUAUGGAUGAUCAUGUGUAUGUGUAAUAAGUUUGGUCAAGAUCCAUCCAUUCAUGUAGGAGUAUUUGUUGCUAAUUAUUUUUAUAUAGCUCAUAUAGGAAAAAACUACAUUUUGGGCCCCCGAACUUUAUAAUUUAUAUUAGAGAUUUUGUUAAGUCUCUUGUUCAACAUACUGUGAACACCAGAACAAUGUUUGAACAUUCAUAUUUCACAGUGUUAACAUCUUUAAGAUCUAAUCAGGACUAAGGGUUGCAAUCUGGGAUCCUGAAAACCAGACCAUAACGGAUGCUCAAAUAUCCCGGGAUUGGAUUUAUGAAAACCAGAAUUUUAGAAAUUACCGGGAUUUCAUUUUCAAAAAUAUGUUUCGUUUUUUUUUAGUUUCCAUGUCAUAGUUAAAGCAAGACAUGGCAAUAAUUUACGUGAUGUGCGAAGUGGGGACCCCUCAUACCACGUGUAUCAAGUUCAAAGAGAGCCAAAUGACAAACUAGAUCUGUGUACUGUUCAUUUGUAACGAAUUAUGGCGUUAUGAUUAGUUUUGUUUAUAUAUCGUGCGUGUGUAGUGUGUAAGUGCAGACGAGUCGCGACGUGAAGGUACAGGAAUGUCUUCAUGUUAUUGACAAAUAAGUAAUAGGUAUAGUUGAAUGAAGAUCGAAUGUUGACUUACAUUAAGAGUUUGUUUGUAACAUGAAUUAUAUGGAAAUGAUAACACGUUGCACUCAAACUUUUUAUAACAGAAAUAUUUGAUUGAUUGAUUUCUUUUAAUUAUGCCUAAAAACAUACUCAUUUAAAAAUAUGAGUAAAUCCGUAUUUUGAUAAUCAAAUACCUUAAGUUUAAGACUCAGAAAAAUUAAGCUACUUCUAUUUUGUGAUAACAAUUUUAAUAAUUUACAUUCACCCCAUAAUUGAUUCCCGAGAUAUUUUGUCCUAGGUUGAAUGUCCCAGUUUGUCUGUACUGUACUUAGCCAAACAUUUACAUGACUGAAUGUUUUUAUUUCGUUAAUAAAUACUCACCUCUAAUUUCGAAUCUCGACUAAAAAUUCUCUAAAUAUGGAAAAUAUCGGGAUUCCGGUAUUCGUAAACUUCAAUAUCGAAAAUACCGGUUUUGGCAAAAGGGACUGGUUUUGCGACCCCCUAACGAGGACAUGGUCUGUUUCCUGUAAUAUUUUUUAAAGUUUUAAUAUUUAAAAGAGUUUUCUUCUAAAUGCAUGCAUAAAUUAUGCAGGAUAUCUCAUUUGCUUAAAUGUUGAGAUUUCAGGUUGAUUCAGAAAGAUUAUAUUAGUUCAUUCAAUUCAAGAAUAUUUAUAGUUUAAAUUGGUUAAGUAAUUAGUUUAUUUUUUAUAAAUUUAUUUUGCAAAGUAAGUCGUGUAGGGCUUGUGAAAAGGGCUCCAUCUUUUUGGCACUGACAGUCCAAAAAGGCUUAGUCUCCAUAGGGUUAAAUAAGAACAUAUCAAUUCUAAAAGUAGGUUCUUCAUGUAUUGCAAAUGAGGAAAACAGUGCAGGCUUCUAGUUUUAUUGCCAAAAUAAUCCUUGCUACUUCAUAUAAUACUAAUUUUAAUAGCAAAACAUCUCUUGUUUCUGAAAAAAUACCAGAUCUGUUGGCCCAUUUAAAUGAAAUCUAGGCACACUGCAUCAUUUUUACUUUUAUCUUAAAAGAACUACUUAAAUUUGAAAAAAAGUCUAUAGUGACUACAGGCUUAGUCUGCAAUUUUGCCUUAAUAGUAAAAUAAACAUACUAUUUGAAUUCCAUUCUAGAGCUAAUUAUUAUAAUAUAGUAAAGUGAAUUUAGAAACCUCUUAUAUUCUCUUUUUCUCAGACUCUGACAUAUUUAUCAAAGAAAGAGAUUCUGCUGUAAGUAAACAAAAAUAUAAGUGAUUUUUUAUUUAGAUGAAAUCGGUAGGAAAUGGUUUGCAUGUAAAUGUAAACAAAAUGUUAUACAAAAAUAAAAUACUGUUGCUUGUGCUACCUGGAUAGUUAUGCACUGUUACUAGUUAUUCUUGAACUUAACAGAACAAUGGCUGCAUUAUAUUUUUGAGACAACUGACAUUUGUUUUAAAUUUUGGUAGCAAACCCCAGAGCUAAAUACACACUGUGGCUUGUGACCACAAAUGUUGACUUGUUGUUUCCAUCAUGGUUGAUACUGUUAACUGUAUAACAAUGUUUGAGAAUGUAGUCAGAUGAUUUUUAUUCUGGGCCAGUUUAGCAUCAGUUGCACCUCUUAGUUAGAUGUUUUUACUCAGAGUUUCCUCCUCCCAAAGAAUAUUUGGGCUGACAAGAUGUUCCCACCAGGUUCCUGUUUGAAUUAAAAAUGAUUUAAUAUGGAUGUGCUAAUACUAAUAGUUGAAUAAAGUUGGUUUGUCCCACAGCCAUUAACAAUUUUUAAAGACAUUCAAAAAAUAACAUCAUGAGAUCUGAAUGCAAAUCAGAAAGUGGUUUAAUAUGUCAUGGUAUUUCCCAAGGUCAUAAAUUACAUUUGCAAACUAAUGGCAAUAGAUUUUAUCAUUGUUUUGUUGUUUAUAGGUACUAUGUUAAUUUAUAUUUUGAUGGAAAUUGUGCAAUGAUAAUCUGGCUUUACUACCAGUGCUAUUCAUAUUUUUAAUGUGGAAAAAUUAAUUUUUGGAAAAAUGUUAAUAUUACUUUGAAAUAUCUUCUUCUUAGCCUUUCUCAGUCCCAAUGGAACAUAGGCCAUCCACAAUACUUUUCCAUUUGUCCCUGUUCUGGACUACCUUUGCUAGUUCGGCCCAAAUUUUCUUCAUUCCCUUCACCUCUACCUCUAAUCCCCUCUUCCAUGUGACGCUUGGUCUUCCUCUUUUCCUGGUACCUUGAGGAUUCCUAUUUAGGGCCUGUCUUGUGAUUUUAGGGUUUAUCAAGCAUUCAUUUUCCUUGUUUUAAAUAGGAAUGAACUAUACAUGUACCUUUAUGACACACCAGUGGAGAAUGAAAUGUUUUCUAUAAGAGUUAACAAAUAUUUCUUUUCUUUCAGUGUUCACAAACGUUUCAAAGCACUUGACCCAGCUUCUGUUGAAGCUGAUAAAAAUGCCAGACUUCCAAUGGAGAAGAUUAGGGAGCUUCCAGAGCUCAAAGUAUGUUUUAAAGAUUCUUUACUGUUAAGAAAUUAUGUAUCACAAGCAAAUUUACCCAGAGCUUCCCAAUUUUUAAAUGUGUAAUGUUUAUUUUAUUUUACUACCACAUUUACCAAUAUGCACACACACAAAAAUUUGUUAAAAAUAAUUUAUUAACCCUUUCAUCACUGCUGGUUUUGGGCAUCGAUUUUUGCUGACUCAGCAAUAAGGAACUUUGUUGUUUUUUUCAUUCUCUAUCCGAUUUGCUUAUUAACUUCUCUAUAGAUUAAUGAAUAAAGAAAUAUAUAGCAUUUAAAUAUGACGUCUUUGGUAUUUCAGAAAAGUUCUUUGCCGCUUUGUUAUGAUAACAUUGUGAUGUCCUUGUUAAUUGAAAGUGGGUGAUUGUGACAUCGCGUCGUCGUCAUCUGUAACAAAAAGUUUAAACAAAAACUGACCAAGCCAUUUGCCCUCCUGUUAGAUUCUGACACAAUAUUAACACAUUCUAUAAUUCCUAUUUACAGACCAAUAUAUGACCUUAUUGAAAGAUAAGAACAUUAUCAAAAUGUUCUAGAUUAUCAUUUCAACCAUCUCUCAAACAUUCUAGAAUUUUCAAGCAUAACCUUAAACAAUAUUUUGAGAAAUUCCCAACAAUUUAUAGAUACAUACAUACAUUGUCAAUGGAAAUUUCUAGAACUUUCUAGAAACUUUUGAAAACAUUUCUAGAAGCUCAACAAUUUUCUUUAGUUAAAACCUGACCAGGUACUUUUUGGAACGCAAGAAAAUUCCUCUAAAGGCUUAUAGACUUAUGUAAACGUUGUUCAGUAAAUGUCCAUUAAUGUGAGAGCCUUUGAGGAAGGAAGGAUUUUCAACCCCACACAUUUUUACAAUUAUAUUGAUGUAUUUGAGUUCAGCACAAUGGUUGAAAGCAGGUUAUACAAUUAUCAAGUGAAGGUUCAUUUAUUUAGAAACUGAAUUCUUUGUUGCAUUCCUAUCAGACACAUGCGGUAAUGAAUUUUAUGAUUAUGUGCCGUCACUUUGUUUGUGUUUAAUGAUAUGCAAUUAAAGAACUAUGUUGAUUAUAAUAUUGUAUGUUUGAAGUAAUGGGAACAAGCAACCACACUUCUUUCAUGAUGUGCAGAAGUGUAAUGAAAAUUUUGAACAUUUGAAUUUAUCUUCUCAAGUUAUUUAUUUCCAUUAGUUUUUUUAUAAAUUGAUAUUUUUCGCAGGUGAACCCUUUCAGAGAUCAGAUUUGUAAAGUGUUUUCCUCAUCAGGAGAUGGCAUGACAUUUGAAGAUUUUCUCGACAUGAUGUCAGUGUUCAGUGAUGGUGCACCUAAGAAUGUGAAAGUGGAAUAUGCAUUUCGGGUUUAUGGUAGGUGGUAGAAAUAUUUAUAAGCUGAAAUCAUGAAAGAAAAUUUUUUAAUUAUGACAUAAUCUUGGCACCUCGAAUUUAAAAAUUAAUCUGCUCCUUUAAUUAUUUUCAAGCAAUUAAUAGUAAUUUCAAGUUUCCCUAGUACAUUAAGAAAACCAACCCCUUCCCCCCUCUCCUUUUCUCACCCAUUUAUAUAAAUUUUUUUUUAAAGUUUGGGGAGAGUUUAUGUGAGAUAGUGAUCAUUGUUGUGGGAUGAGAACAUUGUGUUUUGUGUGAACUUGUUGGUGUGUGAGGCUGAGUGCAUUAUUAUGUCAGUUUGUCAUUGGUUGAAUGGGGAAUAACAAUUAACUAUAAUGUGUGAGCUCGAAAGAGUAGCACACAUGUUGAUGUUGGGUUCUGAGAGUUGGCCAGAAGUUCUAACCAGAAGCAGCCCAGAAAUGGGUAGUUCCUUGUUGUUAGUGCGCAUCAGUGGAUUUUGAGAGGCCUCAUGUAAAAUAGUUGAGCUGUUUUCUUGAAUGUGGAUGAUAUUUAUUGACUGGUGAAAAUCAAGUGAUAUAGUAACCAUUUGUAAUAUGGAUUGUGAUUUGUGUACAGUAUUAAAUUGAUGUCUCUGACAGUAUCAAGAGUAAGUUAAGUAAUUAAAAAUACUGUUGUGACUUUUAGUAUUUUGUUGGCAAGACUGAUGGUAGCAUUCUGUAUAAUGUUGUUUUCAAGAAUUGCUUUAGUGUCUGGGUGUUAUCGCUGCCUAGAGGUAUUUAUAUUAUCAUUUUCACCAAUAAACAAUGGUAUAUUAAAACACUAUUCUAGCCCAGGUUCUCCCAUUAGUAAUAUGAGUUCUGCUAACUAUAUAUACUAAAUGGGAUCACUGGCAAAACUACAACCACGUUCAGCAUUCCUACUCACUUGCUCUCCCCCUGCACUCCUGUCCCUUAAGUAUACCCUUUUGAUAAUUGUAUCUCAUUCAUGCACACUAACUCUCAGCUCUUAUUUAUAACAAAGAAUCAUCCUCAAACUACACACAGGCUCAGGGAUUCUAACGCCUUGACAGUUGUCACCAUAGACGGCAGAGCCAGAAGAGAAAAUUAUUUAAAGGAGUCCGCCGAGAGGACCAAUAAACUGACAUUUUGACUGUCAUGUGUACAUGUCACACACAAACUUUUCCUCCCUAAACUUUUUUAUGUUAGUGUUUUAAAAGUUUAUUGUGUAAACAUAACUGAAACUCGGCUCCUGUGCUUGAGCACGACACGACAGCCAUUUGCAUUAUCUCCUUUAAAUAAUUCUUAAAUAGUCAUUGAUUGGUUAUAUGGUCACCCGGUGUCUUUACUCCUAGCUGUUCCUUUCAGUGGUUCUUUAUGGGUUUAGACCAAAGGUUAUUUUGUCUUUUAGCAACAGUAGACACACAUUUCCAGACACAUGUAAUUUCACCAUAAUUGAACUUUCUUUUUAGUUAAAUAAUUAUACAGCUCAAAAUUCUCUUUGAGAAUCCUCAGGAGCAGCAAUAUCCUCUUUCUUUGCUCCCAUGACUAUAAUUAUAACUAAGAAUACAUUCUGUCAAUAAAACUGAAAAUGUGUUUCACAGCUAUGCAUGGGGUGAUGAGGCUAUUCAAUGAAGACUGAAUUAUAGUCAAAACAUGUGAAAUGAGAUUGAAAAUAAUGAAGUAUGGUUGUAUAUUAUAGAUAUUUGAAGAGAAAAAAAAACUCUUGCAAAUUAGUUUUUCAUCUUAUAGCGCCCCAUGGGGAAUAGGCUGUCAAGCAUCUCUCUCCAUUUUGCUCUGUCAUUCCUCCAAGCCAUUCCCAUUGUAAGAUAUGAUUCCAAAAUGUUAUCAUUCCCACUUUGUUCCAGAUUUUGAUGGUGAUGACUUGAUAUCUGAAUCUGAUCUGAAGCAGGUUAUAGAGAGUUUAAUUGGGAGCAACAGGCUGACAGAAGAUGAGUUGCAACAACUGAUUGACAAUGUAAGAGUUUAUGUUUUUCAUUUUAUUUAUAGUAAUUUAAAUGAUUUGGUUUUGUACUUACCGAAUAUAGGCGCAUAUAGGUGACCCUUUUUUUUUUACCAACCUGUCCCCUUGUUAUCUAUUUGACUUACUGUUAUUCAGUGUAGAGAAUUCAUUUUCAUUAAAAGUCAAAGAGUUGUGUUCUCCCUUGAUCUCACUUAAGCUCGAGGGGAGGGAAAGCUGUUUUUUUAUGUUUAUUAAAGACUAUGAUAGUUUAUGAUGAUUAUUUCAGUUUUCAAGUUGUUAUGGCAAACAUUUUGUGGCAUCUGUUGAACAAAUGAUAGAUUUAUAUUCAUAAAGUGCCUAAAAAACUUCCCUAACUAAGGGUGUGACAUAUCUACAGGUCAACAGCAAAUACCGACUUUGAUAACCCCAAACUAAGGGUGUGACCUAUAAUCGUAAUACAUGUAUAGUCAUUUUUAAAAUAGUUUUUUGCCUGUAUUGAGUCUGGAUUAUUCUUAUCAAGCAUUUAUUUUCCCUGUUUUAAAUCACAGAUAAUGGAUGAAGCUGAUUUGGAUGAUGAUAAAACCCUGUCGUUUGCUGAGUUUGAGCAUGUUAUCUCUAAGGCUCCUGAUUUUGUCAAGUAAGGAAUGAUUUCUUCACAGUUUGAGAAAAUUUAGUUUCAUGUAAACAUUCUUGAACUAGCAAUUUGGUUUCAAUUUGGAGUGUGAAGAAGUAAUUUGCUGCAAGGAAAAAACAGUACACUUAGCUGUAAUAGUCCAUGUUAUGUAAACAUGCUUGACAGAUUGAGUUCACAUAAAUGAAUCAUUGGAGAUUUUGUUUUUGGAAACAUCAGGAUUAUAUUUAACCAAAAUACCCAGCUUUGCUGGAGUUUGCAUUUAGAAAAAAUUCUUAAGUGUUAUCAGCAUACAUGUAAAUUUCGGGCCCUGUUAAAAACACUUUGUUAUAUUACCAAUGAAGAUGAAACAUUUUCACCUAUUAAAAGCCAGCUUGAAAAUAACUCUUGUAAACAUUUCAUCUGGGGCCCAUCCCAUUUCAGUUAUUCAAGCUGGGCGCAGCCAAAAACUAUAAUUUAAAGACAAAUCUAACUUUUAUAAGAUGACGUGUUAAAAAAAAGUAUUCAUGAAUGCCAAAGUUAUAGCUGUUUAUAAAUUAAAAUAAGUUAGGAUCCCCACUCCAAAAGGUGCCAUUUAUAUUAUCCCUAAGAUAGAGGCAAACUAAAAAUAAUUCAGAUAAAUAUUAAAGUUAAUUUUUUUAAUUUAUUCCAUUAAAAUGAGAAAGAAUUUCCACUGAUGUUGCCUUUUAAAUUUUUGCUGUUUGGGUCCUCGGCACCAAAGGAACUUAAUAGUUAUUACUUUACAGCAGUGGAUAUUUUAGGUUGGAUAAUGAACAAACUUUAUUUUUAAAGAUGUCCUAUUAAAAUCGUAUGAUUAACGUCAAAAAAAAAGUUAUGUUAAAAAUAAAAUUGCCGCCCCCCCCCCCCCCCCCCCCCAGAAAAAGAUGUGUAUGUUGUAUUUUAUUAGUUUAAAAUCAGCCAGUAUUUUAAAGAGAUUAUGAAAGGUAUGUUAACCCAGUUUUGCCUAGAUACAACAAUUUACAUAGCAGCUUGUAUUUGGAAUUAUGAGCAAACUAUCCAGGAAAGACCAUGUCAAAUUUGCUUGAGAUCACUUGUUCAGUUUUCUUGUGAUUAAUCCAUCCAUUAACCAACAAACGUAGUCACUCUGAGCUUCAUAUAGUAGAUUAUAAUGUACAUAAAUACAUUGAAAUAUUAAAGGUGACAAAUAUGUAUUUUAUAUUUUCAAUGCUGGAAAGAACUGCCAAUUUUUUUUAUCUUCACCAGCUCAUUCCGUAUCAGAAUGUAGGAGCAGAUCCUCGCUGUUCUUCUGUGAACAAAUUGCUUCAAAGAAACAUCUUCAUAUGUCUCAGAGCAGUGAGAUUUAUAAAUGUCUUAUCAACUUCUGAGAAGUUAAAUUGUGAUAAUUUCUUGAUCUAAGCUCAAGGGUGCCUUAAUCCUGACUAUGAGUAAAUCAAAACAUUAAAGAUGAAAAGUUGCUAUUGCAUUUUUCAGACUUUGUAAUUUACAAAUUUUUCCAUGUUUACUUUACCCUUACAUUUUAAUCUUACUUUGGUUUCAUCAAAGAGAUGGGUUUAAUGAAACAUUACAUUUAAGCAUUUUUGUAAUGUCCAUAAGUUAUACAAUAUAAACAUAUGUAUUUAACCUCUUUGUAAAUUGUUUCAUUUGCCUUCUAAUGUCAUUUUUCAGAUUAAUUAAUUAUAAAAAUUACCUUCUUAACAAAGCACACAGGUUGUCUGAAAUAAGCUCAGAUUUAUAUUCAUUUAUAAUGAAAAUCCUAAAACUAAGCUACUUACAUGUCAGAAAAUAGGGUCAAAACAAUGAAAUCUAAUGAGAUUUCAACUAUAUUUGGGCACAAAUUACUAAAUUUUUACUUCCAGUAUUGUAGUAUUAUUUUGAUGAUGUAGGAGAGUCUGGAUAAUGUGCUUAAUUUUGUUGCAUUAUGAUGUAUUCUUACAGUGGUCAAAGUUAGAAAAUCACCCAUUCAACUUGUCUAAAGAAGAGAAUUUCAAAUAUCAAUAAAUUGAAUCCAUUAGUGUUCAGAAUAUAUCAGUAUGCAAUGAUUGAUUUUUUUAAAUUGGUUUUUUUUUUCAGGUUUAAUUUAUUAUUAUUUUCAUCUUCUUUGACAGAGCAGUACACAUGCUCAAGUAGCAAACUCUCCAUAACCCCAAGUAGUUCCACCUCUGGAUGUAUGUAAUAUUAUAUUAAACAUGGCAUUCCAAAUAUCAAUUUUUGUUUAGACACAUACACCACCUACCACCUGUUCACUCUUGCCAAAGAUUGCCUCCCUUUUUAUGCUCCCCUUAUAUUUCAUUGACGUCUUUUACCGACGGCCUCCGUUGUCUCUGCAGAAUCCAUUGUUACUGCUGACCUCCAUUGUCACUGCAGACCUCCAUUGUCACUGCAGACCUCCAUUGUCACUGCAGACCUCCAUUGUAUUGUCUCUGCAGACCUCCAUUGUCACUGCAGAUAUCCAUUGUUACUGCAGACCUCCAUUGUCACUGCAGACCUCAAUUGUCACAGAAGACCUUCAUUGUCACAGAAAACCUCCAUUGUGACAGCAGACCUCCAUUGUCACAGCAGACCUCCAUUGCCAUUGCAGACAUCCAUUGUCACAGAAGACUUUCAUUGUCAACAUUGUCACAGAAAACCUCCAUUGUGACAGCAGACCUCCAUUGUCACUGCAGACCCCCAUUGUCACUGCAGACCUCCAUUGUCACUGCAGACCUCCAUUGUCACUGCAGACCUCCUUUGUCUCAUGUUAUGUUAUUAUUGAUAUUUAUUUCUCCACAAUUUCUUGAUCAUGGAUCGUUCAACAACUGAAACAAAGCUAGAUCUGCCCUAAAAUUAUAAAGCUUUAUGUCUAUAAUUGAUUUAUAACUUAUUAAUAUUAUUAUAAUCCUACUACUUACUGUAUUCAUAUUGCUAAUCAGCAAUCAGGGUUCUUUUUUUGGUUCAUUCAAUAAAUAAUGGUUUAUUACUGUAUCCUAUUAUAAGUCUUAAAGGUAUCAUAUUUUUUCCAUUGAAGGAGCACCCCUGAAUUUCCACAUGUUUUGUUCCCAUGAUUGUUAUUUUGUGUGCCCAAAAAAAAUCUGUUGUGAUAUUUUCACUAGCUUAGGAAACAAUUUUGGGGUUCAAUGGCAGCAACUAAAGAAACAGAGCAUUGGCCUCACUAGUCCCUAUUCAAUAUUGCCAUAAAUUUUAAGGUUCCCUAGAGAAAAAAAUGCACCUCAUCUCCAAAGCAAUCACCUAAGACUUUAUGGCCCACAACAGGGUCGCGCCUCAGCAUUUGGGAAACACUGAUCUAUGGUAAGAUCCCCUAAUGAAAAUAACUCUGAUAAGCAAAAGUUGUGUGCAUAACUAAAUUUCUUUCUUACACUGUUGCAGUAAGGUGUGAGAAUGACUGUUGCAGUAAGGAGUUAGGAUGACGGUUGCAGUAAGGUGUGAGGAUGAUGGUUACAGUAAGGUGUGAGAAUGACGGUUGCAGUAAGGUGUGAGGAUGACUGUUGCAGUAAGGUGUGAGAAUGACUGUUGCAGUAAGGUGUGAGAAUGACUGGUGCAGUAAGGUGUGAGAAUGACUGUUGCUGUAAGGUGUGAGAAUGACUGUUGCAGUAAGGUUUGUGAAUCACUGUUGCAGUAAGGUGUGAUAAUCACUGUUGCAGUAAGGUGUGAGAAUGACUGCUGCCGUAAGGUGUGAUAAUCACUGUUGCAGUAAGGUGUGAGAAUCACUGUUGCAGUAAGGUGUGAGAAUCACUGUUGCAGUAAGGUGUGAGAAUCACUGUUGC